CCUCGACCCUCGCCCGCGCACCCGCCUCGCGCUCCUCCUCCUCGGCCACUGCCCGCAGCGCCUCGCUCGUCGCUGCUGCCCGUCCGCGCGCCGUCGCCGCCACCUCUGCACAGCUCGCUCGCAGCUUCUCCGUCACCAUGGCGCCUCGCAAGAUCAAGGUCGACAACCCCGUCGUCGAGAUGGACGGCGACGAGAUGACGCGCAUCAUCUGGCACAAGAUCCGUGAGGAGCUCAUCCUGCCGUACGUCGACGUCGAGAUCAAGUACUACGACCUGAGCAUGGAGAACCGCGAUGCCACCGACGACAAGGUCACCGUCGAGGCGGCUGAGGCGGUGAAGAAGUACAGCGUCGGCAUCAAGUGCGCCACGAUUACGCCCGACGAGGCGCGCGUCGAGGAGUUCAAGCUCAAGAAGAUGUGGCUCUCGCCCAACGGCACGAUCCGCAACAUCCUCGGCGGCACGGUCUUCCGCGAGCCGAUUGUGCUGAGCAAGAUCCCGCGCCCCGUGCCCGGCUGGACGAAGCCGAUCUGCAUUGGCCGCCACGCGUUCGGCGACCAGUACCGCUGCCAGAACUUUGCCGUCGACAAGCCGGGCAAGUUCACGAUGACGUUCCAGCCCGCCGACGGCAGCGCCGCGCAGGAGUGGGACAUCUUCAACUUCCCCGAGCGCGGCGGCGUCGGCAUGGCCAUGUACAACACGACGGACUCGAUCGAGGGCUUUGCGCACGCCAGCUUCAAGAUGGCCCUCGAGAAGAACAUGCCGCUGUACAUGAGCACCAAGAACACCAUCCUCAAGGCCUACGACGGACGCUUCAAGGACAUCUUCGAGGCGGUGUACCAGAAGGACUACCGGUCGCAGUUCGAGCAGAAGAAGCUGUGGUACGAGCACCGCCUCAUCGACGACAUGGUCGCGCAGGCCAUCAAGGGCGACGGCGGCUUCGUCUGGGCGUGCAAGAACUACGAUGGUGACGUGCAGUCCGACAUUCUUGCCCAGGGCUUCGGCUCGCUCGGCAUGAUGACCUCGGAGCUGAUCACGCCCGACGGCAAGACGAUGGAGUCUGAGGCCGCGCACGGCACGGUGACGCGCCACUACCGCGAGCACCAGAAGGGCAACGAGACGUCGACGAACUCGGUCGCCUCGAUCUACGCCUGGACGCGCGGCCUGCUCUUCCGCGGCAAGCUCGACGGCAACGAGGAGCUGCAGACGUUCGCGCGCGCCCUCGAGGCCGCGUGCGUCGAGGCCAUCGACGAGGACAGCAUCAUGACGAAGGACCUUGCCCUUGCCAUCCACGGCAAGAACAUGAAGCGCGAGCACUACGUGACCACGACGGAGUACCUCGACUACGUGCGCGAGAAGAUGGCCAAGAAGCUGCAGAAGCAGGGCAUCGAGGCGGGCAAGCUGUAAGGGCGGAAUGACGAGACAUGGAAACGUAAAACGGGCAGGCCGUGCCCGAUAGAGAGCAG